AUGAAUAGUUACUCUUUUCUCUUGGUUAUUCUGCUUAACCCUCGAUACAUAGGACCUUUCCAAAUACUUAAAAGAGUCGGUCUAGUAGCUUAUCAAGUAGCCCUUCCCCCAUAUCUGUCAAACCUUCAUGAUGUUUUCCAUGUCUCACAACUUAAGAAAUAUAUUCCCGACGAGAGUCACAUUUUAAAACCAGAGACGGUACAGUUACGAAACGAUUUGACAUAUCAAGCAUCACCAGUUCAGAUCAUAGAAAGAAGUGAUAAGCAGCUGAGAGGCAAGACUGUUCGCUUAAUCAAAGUAGCUUGGGGACAAAGAGGAGAAGAAGAACACACUUGGGAACUAGAGGAUAAGAUGAAAGCUGAUUACCCGUAUCUAUUCUCAAGUAACUGA